AAUAAUUCCUCUUAAAAUUCAUUUAUUUCCACUUAAAAAUUCCAAAUUUGAAAUUCUUAUAUUUUUAUUUUUAUUUUAUUCAUUUAAUCUUUCUUCCUUUUACCUUGUCUUUCAUUACAUCAGUUUCUUCGAUUGGUUGAUCUGCUUCUCCGGCAUGUUGGUCUCGAUCUUUCCCUUUAAUGGCCGAUGAAGAUCAUCUUUAGACACAUCCACAGUGAGUUCUAGAGAGAGAGAGAGAGAGAGAGAGAGUGAGAGAGAGAGAGACUGAGACAAAAAAAAGGUACAAGCUUGGUGGGUGAUUUCUGUGAUGGGUAUGUGAUUGUGUUGGAAAGCUGUGUUUUUUACUGUGAGGGGUUUGUUAUGAGAGCUAUUCCUUGCUGGGUUUUGUGAGGGGUGGCUUUGAUUUGCUUGGAUUUGAUAUGGGUGGGUGUUUUCCUUGUUUUGAAUCAUCCAACAAAGAGGACAAUAGUGGGGUGAAGGAAGUGAACAAGAAGGAUUCUUUUAAAGAUGAUUCUGUUCCUCAGUCUCAUCACUCUAGCAGGGUUAGCUCAGAUAAAUCAAAAUCACAAAAUGGCUCAGAUCCUAAGAAGGAAACACCAAUUCCAAAGGAUGGCACAACAGCCCAUAUUGCUGCACAAACAUUUACGUUCCGAGAGCUUGCAGCUGCUACAAAGAAUUUUAGGCCAGAAUGUUUAUUAGGCGAAGGAGGUUUUGGACGUGUUUACAAAGGUCGCCUCGAGAGCACAGGACAAGUAGUUGCUGUAAAACAGCUUGACCGAAAUGGCCUUCAAGGAAAUCGAGAGUUUUUGGUGGAAGUUCUCAUGCUCAGCCUCUUACAUCACCCCAAUCUUGUGAACUUAAUUGGUUAUUGUGCUGAUGGUGAUCAGCGACUGCUUGUUUAUGAAUUUAUGCCGUUGGGAUCUUUGGAGGAUCAUUUACAUGAUCUUCCUCCUGACAAGGAGCCUUUGGACUGGAACACUAGGAUGAAAAUAGCGGCUGGUGCAGCAAAGGGAUUGGAAUAUUUGCAUGACAAGGCAAAUCCCCCUGUGAUAUAUAGAGACUUAAAAUCAUCCAACAUCCUCCUAGAUGAGGGUUAUCAUCCCAAGUUAUCAGAUUUUGGGCUGGCAAAACUUGGUCCGGUUGGUGACAAAACUCAUGUAUCAACACGAGUAAUGGGAACAUAUGGCUAUUGUGCCCCGGAAUAUGCUAUGACUGGUCAACUAACUCUGAAAUCAGAUGUCUACAGUUUUGGAGUUGUCUUCCUUGAACUCAUUACCGGGCGCAAGGCCAUUGAUAAUACACGUGCGCAUGGAGAGCAUAAUCUCGUUGCAUGGGCACGGCCUCUUUUUAAAGACCGUAGGAAGUUUCCGAAAAUGGCUGACCCUCUACUUCAAGGCCGUUAUCCAAUGAGAGGACUGUACCAAGCACUCGCAGUUGCAGCAAUGUGUUUGCAGGAACAAGCUGCUACAAGGCCUCUUAUUGGGGAUGUUGUGACUGCUCUUACAUAUCUGGCUUCCCAGACAUAUGAUCCAAAUGCACCGAGUCAGUCUAACAGGAUUGGUCCAUCUACUCCAAGGAGCAGGGAUGACAGAAGGAGCAUGGCAGAUGGUGUGGAUAGCCCGGACCGUGGACGGCUUGGCUCUCCUUCCACCCACAGAAACUCACCUGAUUUCAGGAAGAGAGACAGUAGGGAUCCAAGUGGGGUGACAGAGUUAGGAAGGAUUGACACUGGUGGUGGGUCAGGGAGAAAAUGGGGAUUGGAUGAUUUAGAAAGGCAGGAAUCUCAGAGAGACAGCCCUGUAAAUACUGGAAGAGCUAGAGAGACUCCAAGGAACCGCGACCUGGACAGAGAACGCGCAGUUGCAGAAGCAAAAGUAUGGGGUGAGAAUUGGAGAGAGAAGAAAAGAGCAAAUGCCAUGGGGAGCUUUGAUGCUACAAAUGAGUGAACAGACACCACAACACCAAAUCAACUUGCUGUUCAUCUUCUAGUGAAGAGAUGUAUGAUUGAGUCACAGGAGAGAAUGUCUUAGAUUUUAUGUCUAUCCAGUGUCUUGAAUCCAACUUUGACUGUUCUCCCACAUCAUUCUAGUAGUUAGUCAUCAUGUGAAGGAAACAGUACACAGUUGAAAAAAAACAAAAAAAAAAAUUAGAGGUUGGGGUUGGGGGGCUGGGGAAAGUUAAUAUGGAUUGGGGUAUUUAAAUGUAAUGAUGCUGCAGAAUGUGAAUUCAACAUCCUUGUCUAUUUACUAACAAUUUCUAGGUUCAUGUUGCAUAUAGCAGCAAAGGCGUCUAAUUUUUGGCCCCUCAUAUAUGCUUGUACAAUGGGGGGAUCUUAGCGGAUUUGGGUGUGGGUGUCAUUGCUGUCACAUGUUAUUCUCGUACUGUAUCUAUUCAAUGUCUUGAGUAUCUAUGCUUU